AUGAAUAUCUUAAUGGAAAACAAACAAUUGGACCAAUAUCACCAAGAAAAACUUCAUCAUACUCCUUGGGUUGAAAAAUACCGUCCCAAAAACUUAUCAGAAAUUGCAUCUCAGGAUCAUACUGUAAAAGUCUUAUCCCAAACCCUUUCAACAAACACAAGUUCAAAUCUCCCCCAUAUGUUAUUCUAUGGUCCACCAGGCACAGGGAAAACAUCUACCAUCUUAGCAUUAGCCAAACAAUUAUUUGGACCUCGAUUAUAUAAAUCUCGUGUUCUAGAAUUAAAUGCAUCUGAUGAAAGAGGUAUAAAUAUUGUUCGUGAAAAAAUUAAGAAUUUUGCCAGAUUAAAUAUCUCAAAUCCAACUCAAGAAGAUUUGGCUAAUUAUCCUUGUCCUCCAUAUAAGAUUAUCAUUUUGGACGAAGCAGAUUCAAUGACAAAUGAUGCACAAUCGGCUUUGAGAAGAACAAUGGAAAUAUAUAGUGGUAUAACUCGUUUUUGUCUUGUUUGUAAUUAUAUCACCAGAAUAAUUGAUCCAAUUACAUCGAGAUGUUCGAAGUUUAGGUUCAAAUCUUUGAAUAAUGUUAAUGCCUUGGAAAGAUUAAGAUAUAUUUCUCAAGCUGAAGAAUUGAAAUUACAAGGGGAUGAAGUAUUAGAAGAGAUUUUAAAUAUUAGUGGUGGGGAUUUGAGAAAAGCGAUUACAUAUUUACAAUCGGCCGCCAAAUUAUCAAAAUCAUUAGAAAAUGAGGUCGAUGAUACUUCUGAAGCAGUGAUUACGGUUGCAUCAAUUAGGGAGACGGCGGGGAUCUUGCCAGACGACAUCUUAUGUCAACUUAUUACCGUUAUAAAAUCAGGUCAAUCUAAACCAAUCAUUGAAUACGUGAAUGAUAUUAUAUUACAAGGAUGGAGUGCCCAACAAUUAAUUGAUCAAUUGCAUGAUAAAUUGAUCCUUGAUGAUAGUUUAUCUUCAUUGACCAAAAAUGAAAUUGCAAAAAUCUUAUUCAAGAUUGAUAGUCGGUUGAAUAAUGGUACUAAUGAACAUAUCCAAUUAUUAAAUCUUGUCUUACAAAUAUCUAGAACUAUAUAA